AUGGUGUCUGCGGUGCUUCGGACGAUCCUGGUGACGGGCGGCGCGGGGUACAUCGGCAGCCACACGGUGCUGCAGCUGCUGCUCCAGGGCUUCCGCGUCCUCGUCGUCGACAGCCUCGACAACGCCUCCGAGGAGGCCAUCCGCCGCGUCCGGCAACUCGCCAACGCCCCGCAAAACAGCCUCGACUUCCGCAAGGUGGACCUUCGUGACAAGGAGGCGCUGGACGAAAUCUUCUCGACCCAAAGGUUCGAGGCUGUGAUCCACUUUGCCGGGCUGAAAGCCGUGGGGGAGAGCGUGCAGAAGCCCCUGCUUUACUACGACAACAACCUCAUCGGCACCAUCACCCUCCUCCAAGUCAUGGCAGCACAUGGAUGCAACAAGCUUGUGUUCUCAUCAUCAGCCACUGUGUACGGGUGGCCCAAGGAGGUGCCCUGCACUGAGGAGUUCCCGCUCUCCGCGACCAACCCUUACGGCCGAACUAAGCUUGUCAUUGAAGACAUCUGCCGCGACCUCCAGCGCUCGGACCCCGACUGGAAGAUCAUCCUGCUGAGGUACUUCAACCCGGUCGGCGCGCACCCGAGUGGCUACAUCGGGGAAGACCCCCUCGGAGUCCCCAACAACCUGAUGCCCUAUGUCCAGCAAGUCGCUGUCGGGAGGCGGCCCGCGCUGACGGUUUACGGGACCGACUACAACACCAAGGAUGGAACAGGGGUACGUGACUACAUCCAUGUUGUUGACCUGGCUGACGGCCACAUCGCCGCCCUGAGGAAGCUCUACGAAGAUUCUGACAGAAUAGGGUGCGAGGUGUACAAUCUGGGCACUGGAAAGGGGACGUCCGUGCUGGAAAUGGUUGCUGCAUUCGAGAAGGCUUGCGGAAAGAAAAUCCCUCUGGUUUAUGCUGGAAGAAGAGCUGGAGAUGCCGAGACUGUGUACGCUGCCACCGCCAAAGCUGAGAAGGAGCUCAAGUGGAAGCCAAGUAUGGGGUGGAGGAGAUGUGCAGAGACCUGUGGAACUGGGCCAGCAAGAACCCCUACGGCUACGGAUCCACCGACAACGGCCACUGAUUCAUAG